UGCACAGACCGGUUAGGAUUGGUAAAGUCCACAGUCUGAUGAGUAAAUCGCUGAAGGACUGUUUCCAAAACACAGCAAGUGCUUGGAAAGACAGAGGCAGAGGGAUUCUUGCAAUCCUCUGUCUCAGUCCGGAGGGAUUGCAAAGCAUCUGCCUUCACAGGUGAAUAGGACGCUGAUACAUUUCCCGACGUGACUUCUGCUGGACUCAGGAACAGGUAUCCGGAGAGUAACGUUCUCUGUUUGAUUUUUGAGAUCCUGGCGCAUUGAUUGAGAUGGAUGCUGCAGGAGUCUGGACCAUGUUAGAACGCACAUGUAGGAUCCUCGGGAUCAUUACAGCUGCAGUGCUCCUCAGCGUUGGAACUGUUACUGCAGUUGAAGGGCAGUUCACUAAACUGGCUGUUUACUUGCUAUUUGCAGCAGCAGUGCUUGCGAUUUUGGAGGGCCCGUAUUUUAUUGACAUUAUUCUUGCCCAUCGUUGCCCCUACGUAUUUCAGACAGCAGACAGCAAGGUUUGGAACAUGUGGAAGAAAGCUGUCCGUCCCAAUGGAUUUCAGAAGUUCCUCACGUUCAUCUUUCUGUCUGUGGCUUGCUUCUUGCACCCAGUUCUGAUCUGGCAUGCGACCAUUCCAGGUACAAUGUUGAUAGUCAGUGGCCUCGCCUACUUUGUGCUCAACCUGAGGAAAAAGUUUCAAGUGAAGAUCAAUGAGGGGCCGGGCAACAGGAGGCACCCCCAAGACUAUGCCACUGCCGUGGUCAUCUCAGAGGCUGGGGACAUGGAGCAGAUGUACAGCUUUCACCAGCACUCUGGGAAGAGAAGCCUAGCCUUGAUAAACCACUUGCGAAGUAUCUUCCGACUUGGCGCUGGGAGGCCUCCAGCCAGUGAAGCCACCCCGAGCUUUCAGGACAGCUCUGCCCUCUCCCCAGCCGGGAGCUUCAUGAGUAAAGGGCCAGCGUUUGAGGAGCGUGCUGCCGGAAUGAUCCUGUCUGAGCCUGGCCAAGUUGAGGAGCCCGAGCCAGAGGAGACCACAUCCGACAAAGCCCAGAUAAUACCCAAGUGAGAGUGUACUCUUAGACCGAGUCAAACCCCCUCCGGGUACAGUGCUCGGAGUGUUUCUCAGUUUAUGGGUUUACCUUCCUGGAGAACCUUCUGGAAUUCAGGUGCUGCAUCCACGGAUGUACUUUCUGAGUUGCAGUCACUGCUAUCAUGUGCACCGUAACCUCCCUGCAAUCAGCAGCAACUUGACCAGGCUGGACGUAUUUUAUAAUGUGAAUUGAAGAAUGAAUAUUGGUCACAAAACCAUGAAACAUGAAUGCUACUGGAUGUUACACCGAGUGGGGCUUCGAUCUGUGUCCCAUUUGAUAGACAAGGCAGCAAUCAAUACAAACUACCUCUGAGACAAGUGGAGACCGAUGUCUGCUGACACUAGAAGUGUGAUGGUCGUUGUGUUGUGACAUCCCUGCCGAUGUUCGGGAGAUGAUGGACAAGUACCAAGCAGACCGUUCAAGAUCGCGAUUGAUUUACCACGUGUACAUCAAAACAUUCAGUGAAAUGCCCAUUUGUGUCAACAACUGACACAACUGAAGGACGUGCUGAGGACAGCCCAGGAGUGCCAACACACCUGCCCGCUAUGCUUCCAGAACAACACAGAACACAACAACAACAACACUCCUCCCACCCUCACAAAAGCCUUUAUCCCCGGGACAAACCAUUUUCUUAUAGGCCUCAGCCCUGCAGACAUUGGGGUUUGACUUGUCUGGAGAUUCACAGACUCAGCCCUAUCAAAGGGCCUGGAACACCAGACUCCCAAUUUCAAUGGAAGAUUCCCAUCAGGGAGAGAUAAGAGUUGGGGUCAGGUUGCCAUCUUGCUCUGGAGGUCAAUAGACUGGCAAUAGUAGAGCGCAAACAACAUUGAGAAGCUGGACAAAGGGAGUUCAUGCCCUGAUGGAAUGUCAGGAGAAAAUUCCUUCUGGUUGCAGUCUGUAAUGAUAUGGGCCUGAUUUGUGAAUGCAGGUGUAACCUGGCCACACUGAAAGAAAGCAAAUUAACGUCUCCUCGAUGGGUUUUCAUUGUCUGUUGAGGAACAUGAAUGGGUGGGAGUUCAACAUGGACAUCAUGUUAGUUUGUUCAUUGUGUUCAUUGUCAACAUUAUGGGGUUAGAGGGUUGUGUGUGUGCACUGGGGUUGGGGACUGUGUGUGUGCACUGGGUUAGAGGAGUGUGUGUGUGUACACUGGGGCUAGAGGAGUGUGUGUGUGCACUGGGGUUAGAGGAUUGUGUGUGUGUACACUAGGGUUAGAGGUGUGUGUGUGCACUGGGUUAGGGGACUGUGUGUGCACUGGGUUAGAGGAGUGUGUGUGUGCACUGGGGUUAGAGGACUGUGUGUGUGUGCACUGGCUUUAGGGGACUGUGUGUGCACUGGGUUAGAGGAUUGUGCGUGUGUGCACUGGGGUCAGGGGACUGUGUGUGUCCACUGGGUUAGAGGAGUGUGUGUGUGCACUGGGUUAGAGGACUGUGUGUGUGCACUGGGUUAGAGGACUGUGUGUGUGUGCACUGGGGUCAGGGGACUGUGUGUGCACUGGGUUAGAGGAUUGUGUGUCUGUGCACUGGGUUAGAGGAGUGUGUGUGUGUGCACUGGGGUCAGGGGACUGUGUGUGCACUGGGUUAGAGGACUGUGUGUCUGUGCACUGGGUUAGAGGAGUGUGUGUGUGCACUGGGUUAGAGGAGAGUGUGUGAGAACUGGGUUAGAGGAGUGUGUGUCUGGGCACUGGGGUUACAGGAGUGUGUGUGUGCGCACUGGGUUAGAGGAGUGUCUGCACUGGGGUUAGAGGACUGUGUGUGCACUGGGGUUAGAGGAUUGUGUGUGUGUACACUGGGGUUAGAGGAGUGUGUGCGUGUGCACUGGGUUAGGGGACUGUGUGUGCACUGGGUUAGAGGAGUGUGUGUGUGCACUGGGGUUAGAGGACUGUGUGUGUGUGUGCACUGGGGUUAGAGGACUGUGUGUGUGUGUGCACUGGGGUUAGGGGACUGUGUGUGCACUGGGUUAGAGGAUUGUGCGUGUGUGCACUGGGGUUAGAGGAGUGUGUGUGUCCACUGGGUUAGAGGAGAGUGUGUGUGCACAGGGUUAGAGGACUGUGUGUGUGUGCACUGGGGUCAGGGGACUGUGUGUGCACUGGGUUAGAGGAUUGUGUGUCUGUGCACUGGGUUAGAGGAGUGUGUGUGUGUGUGCACUGGGUUCAGGGGACUGUGUGUGCACUGGGUUAGAGGACUGUGUGUCUGUGCACUGGGUUAGAGGAGUGUGUGUGUGUGCACUGGGUUAGAGGAGUGUGUGUGUGCACUGGGUUAGAGGAGAGUGUGUGAGAACUGAGUUAGAGGAGUGUGUGUGAGAACUGGGUUAGAGGAGUGUGUGUCUGGGCACUGGGGUUACAGGAGUGUGUGUGUGCGCACUGGGUUAGAGGAGUGUCUGCACUGGGGUUAGAGGACUGUGUGUGCACUGGGGUUAGAGGAUUGUGUGUGUGUGCACUGGGGUUAGAGGACUGUGUGUGCACUGGGGUUAGAGGAGUGUGUGUGUGUACACUGGGGUUAGAGGAGUGUGUGCGUGUGCACUGGGUUAGGGGACUGUGUGUGCACUGGGUUAGAGGAGUGUGUGUGUGCACUGGGGUUAGAGGACUGUGUGUGUGUGUGCACUGGGGUUAGGGGACUGUGUGUGCACUGGGUUAGAGGAUUGUGCGUGUGUGCACUGGGGUUAGAGGAGUGUGUGUGUGCACUGGGUUAGAGGAGAGUGUGUGUGCACUGGGUUAGAGGACUGUGCGUGUGUGCACUGGGGUUAGAGGAGAGUGUGUGUGCACUGGGUUAGAGGAGUGUGUGUGUGCACUGGGGUUAGAGGAGUGUGUGUGUGCACUGGGGUUAGAGGACUGUGCGUGUGUGCACUGGGGUUAGAGGAGAGUGUGUGUGCACUGGGGUUAGAGGAGAGUGUGUGUGCACUGGGGUUAGAGGAGUGUGUGUGUGUGCACUGGGGUUAGAGGAGUGUGUGUGUGUGUACUGGGGUUAGGGGACUGUGUGUGCACUGGAGUUAGAGGAGUGUGUGUGUGCGCACUGGGGUUAGGGGACUGUGUGUGCACUGGGUUAGAGGAUUGUGCGUGUGUGUGCACUGGGGUUAGAGGAGUGUGUGUGUGUGCACUGGGGUUAGAGGAGAAUGUGUGUGCACUGGGUUAGAGGAGUGUGUGUGUGUGUGCACUGGGUUAGAGGAGUGUGUGUGUGCACUGGGUUAGAGGAGUGUGUGUGUGUGCACUGGGUUAGAGGAGUGUGUGUGUGUGUACUGGGGUUAGAGGAGUGUGUGUGUGCGCACUGGGUUAGAGGAGAGUGUGGGUGCACUGGGUUAGAGGAGAGUGUGUGCGUGCACUGGGGUUAGGGGACUGUGUGUGCACUGGGUUAGAGGAUUGUGUGUGUGUGUGCACUGGGGUUAGGGGACUGUGUGUGCACUGGGGUUAGAGGGGACUGUGUGUGCACUGGGGGUAGAGGACUGUGUGUCUGUGCACUGGGUUAGAGGAGUGUGUGUGUGCACUGGGGUUAGAGGAGUGUGUGUGUGUGCACUGGGGUUAGAGGAGUGUGUGUGCACUGGAGUUAGAGGAGAGUGUGUGUGCACUGGGUUAGAGGAGUGUGUGUGUGCACUGGGUUAGAGGAGUGUGUGUCUGGGCACUGGGGUUAGGGGACUGUGUGUGCACUGGGUUAGAGGAUUGUGCGUGUGUGUGCACUGGGGUUAGAGGAUUGUGCGUGUGUGUGCACUGGGGUUAGGGGAUUGUGCGUGUGUGUGCACUGGGGUUAGAGGAUUGUGCGUGUGUGUGCACUGGGGUUAGAGGAGUGUGUGUGUGUGUGCACUGGGGUUAGGGGACUGUGUGUGCACUGGGGUUAGAGGGGACUGUGUGUGCACUGGGGUUAGAGGACUGUGUGUCUGUGCACUGGGUUAGAGGAGAAUGUGUGUGCACUGGGUUAGAGGAGUGUGUGUGUGCACUGGGUUAGAGGAGUGUGUGUCUGGGCACUGGGGUUAGAGGAGUGUGUGUGUGCACUGGGGUUAGAGGACUGUGAUGUGUGCACUGGGGUUAAAGGAUUGUGUGUGUGUGCACUGGGUUAAAGGACUGUGUGUGCACUGGGGUUAGAGGAGUGUGUGUGCACUGGGGUUAGGGUAUCGUGUAUGUGCACUGGGGUUAGAGGACUGUAUAUGCGCACUGGGGUUAGAGGAGUGUGUGUGCACUGGGGUUAGGGUAUCGUGUACGUGCACUGGGGUUAGAGGACUGUACAUGCGCACUGGGGUUAGAGUAUUGUGUAUGUGCACUGUGGUUAGAGGAGAGUGUAUGUGCACUGGAUUCGAGGAUUGUGUGUGUGCACCGGGUUAGAGAAGUGAGUGUGUGUGAGCACUGGGUUAGAGGACUGUGUGUGUACUGGGUUAGCGGUGUGUGUGUGUGCACUGGUGGGAGAGAGGGAGGUGAGGGAGGGAGCUACGGGGCUUGUUUUGUUGUUGUUUUGUUGCUUGUUGUGUUUUGUGUUCUUCUACCAAGUAUCGUGGACACGCUGUGUUGGCACCACAAUGCAAAGUGACUCUUGCUGUCUGCGCCCAGCACACUCUUGUGUGUUGGUUGUUAACGCAACCGACACAUUUCACUGUAUGUUUUGAUAUACACAUGAUAAAUAAACUUGAAUUUUGAAUCUUGAAUCUUAGACCAUAAGAAUUAGGCCAUUUGGCCCAUCGAGUCUGCUCCGCCACCUCAUCAUGUCUGGUCCAUGUGUCUCUCAGCCCCAAUCUCCCGCCUUUCUCCAUAUCCCUUCAUGCCCUGACUGAGCAAGAAUCUAUCAACCUCUACCUCUAUCUUGAUCCUUUGUGUUUCCUCUCCCUAUGCCAAGCUCACUUACCACUUUCCCUGGAAAGCAAGCACUUCCCACCGGUAAAGAAGGAAUUGCUCUUGUUCUUGUUAUUGCCUUGUUCUGCCCUUGGUGGUGGAGGGCUGGGGUACAGUUAAAGGUCUCCCGGAUCUCAGUAACUUGAUCAGAGAUCAUCCACACUGAACAUAAACUAGAUACGAUCUUUGUUCAUGUGAUAUUUUAUUACAAACACACUUAUAGCUGCUUUUUGUUUAAUUGAGAACCUGAUGGAAGAUUCUCUGGAUGGUACACUUUACCAAAAUGGGUAUGCUUUUCUCAGAAAACGCACUUCACCUGCUGGUAUUUGCUGCCAAAACUCUACCAGGUCCUCACAAAUCAAUCUCAGCCUGGCCAAGGUCCAAGGGGAUCUAAAUUGAACUUGGAAUGUUCCCAAUGGGACUUCGAUGACUUCACACAUCUCCUGGGAUGUAUUCCUUACAGGCACAGACACACUCCUGACAACCAGCACAGACGGAUACAGACACACACACACACACACACACAUAUAUAUAUAUACACACACACACAUAUAUAUAUACACACACACACUCACACACACACACACACACACACACACACACACACACACUCACACACACGCACCAGGGGACAGGGAGAGAGACUGUUAAAGAAUCAGAAUCAGACUUAUUGUCAUCAGAUUUAUUCUGUGGCUGCAGUACAGUGCACGAAGUAAAAAUACUAUAACUUACAAUAAGAGAUAUGUAUUAAAAUUUAAAUUAAAUUUUAAUAUUAUAUUUUAAAGGUUAAGAUUAGCUUUAUUUGUCACAUGUACAUCAAAACAUCGAUACACACAGUGAAAUGUGUCAUUUACGUCAGCGACC